AUGGCCUCAGCUCCAUGGAUGCUCGACUCCCAAUGCAGAUCGCGGCUUGCAGCGGGCGCUCGGAAUACGGAGCCUGCCUCGGCGCAGCUGCUGGAGCAAUCGCACAGACUCAGCCAGCAAAUGGUGACGUUGGAGGCAGAGAACGUGGAAUUGCAAGAUAGUAAGAGGUCCCUGGAGGCAACAAAUAAGACACAGAACCAGAGGAUUCAGCAGCUGGAGCUUGAGUGCCAGAAGCUUCGGGAUUCGGCGAUCUUCAUACAGCAGGAGAAAGAGACUGCUAUUCUACAAGCUCGAGAGGCUGUUCAGUCUAAGCAGGGAGAAAUUAUGUUGGCACGAAAGGCUGCUGAGGAUGCCGCGCGAGACAAAGAGGUUGUUGCGUCCAACAGCAGAAGGCUAAACGGUAUCGCAGAGAAACUUCAGACAGAGCGAUCGCAGCUCCAAAGGAGGGUGGUCAGCCUUGAGGCUUCAAUAAAAGCCAUGGACAUGGAGCUGCAGACGCGUGCUGCUGCCGAGGGGAAGUCAGUGAACAACUGUAAGGACUUGGAGCAGAAGUUGGCGACCCUGCAAAUGCAACACACUCGUCUUGCAGACUUGGCUGGCCUUCACCACUUGGAGAUGGCACAGUUGACCCAGACCCGUGAGGAGCUGCAGACUUGCCGCCAGCGCUGUGGCGAACUGGAAGAGGAGCUCAAGGAGUCGAGGCAGAAUGGCGCCUGGCUGAGGCAGCGCAUUGCCGCCAUGGACGCCACCUGCAGCCAACUACGAGCGCAGGCGCAACACUGGCGUCAUGCGGAGCAGGCAGCUGCAGCCAAGGGCCCCAGGUUGGAGGAGGCUGUCCAGCGAGAGAUUGCUUUGGGAAAGAGUAUGCGCGAGCGAGUCGCGGAAUUGGAGGAGCAGGUCACGAAGUCUCAGCGAGCUCAACUGGCCUUGGAGGCAGAGCGUGAGAGCCUGCGCUCGCAGCUUGCAGCUGCCCAGUCGGAAGCCAAGCAAAAUGCAGAAGCAGCUUCACGUCUUGCGGGGGAGAAGUCACAGGCUGAACACCUUGCAAAGAUGCAUCAUGCUCACAAGCUGGAGGCUGAACACCGGCGUGCACUUUUGGAGAAUGACCACUUCCCAAAAUUGCUUGCCAGACAGCAGGCUGCAACCUCGGACGUGAGCGAACUUCGCGGACGUAUCUCGCAGCUGGAAGCCGAGAACUCGCUGCUGAAGGGCCAGCUAUCUGGCUCGGAGGUUAUCGUGGCAGGCCUGCGUGCGGAGCUCGCCAACCUGAACGAACGCUGCGAGCCUAGAGCUGCACUUGAGAGCCGGGCAAUGAUCAUGUUUUUCGUGUCUGAGGGCUGA